AUGAAGUCUUAUACACUAUCCGCGUUCUUCACUGCAUUCUUUUUGGCACUUGCGCAGAGCGCUCAAGCCCAACUCCCCAACUUCAAUUAUUCCCUCACUUCGAAACCCGAGGCAGAUAGGCAGAAUCUCUGCGACCAAAAUAAAGGCUACUGUGUUACUAAUUGUGGUGGUCUUGAUAAGGCUCCCAUGGUUGGUAUUUCUAAUUUCUGUAAUUAUACAACAAUGGGUUGGGGUUGCGGAUGCACUGACAAAGUUCCGGAUUAUCAAGCAUACCAGUGGCCAAUCAAUUACCAAGAUUGUCUUGGACGUGGUGCGGCGUGCACAAGUGCAUGUCAAAGUGAUCAGGUCCCAACUGAUCAAAAAAGUGCAUGUAAUAGCGCCUGUGUAGCCAAUCUCACUUCAAAAUGCGGGACACCAGACCAACCACCAGCCUAUUACAAGGUAAACAAUAUCAAUCAAAUACCCACCUACGGACCAAACACGACCAAUGGCUCAAACGGCGGUAAUAACAGCACUGGAAAUGGCAGUUCGACAAAUGGCACAACAGGAUCAAGUAAUUCAGCUGUACCUAUUGGGUCGACAUUAUCUUCAUCUUUGGGAUCCGCUGUUUUGGCACUUACGGUCGUUGCUGGUACAGUUUUGCAUCCACAAUGCAAAAUUCUGGCCGAGCAAGGCCCUGUUAUCAUCGGUCAAAACAACAUCAUUGAGGAGAAAGUGACCAUAAUAAAUCGACAGUCGUCAGCUUUGGUUAUUGGCGAUGAAAAUGUGUUUGAAGUUGGGUCAUGUGGGUUGAGUUUCGAUUUCAAUCUUCAUAUCGAAGGAUCCAAAAUUGGCAAUAAAAAUAUAAUAGAGGCUAAAGCACGGAUAUUGGGAACUACGUCUCUAGGAAAUAAUUGUGUCAUUGGCGCUGUCUGUUCAACGAAAACUGAUGAAAAUAUUCCUGAUAAUAUAGUAAUCUACGGUGAUUAUCAUAAUCGUAGAAUUCAUACAAAUAAUGCUAACAUUAGCGUACAUGCACGACAUUUGGAAUAUCUACGUGAUGAACGUAAAGAGAAACACAAAGAUCGAGGAGCUUCACAUCGUGACCCGCAUCGGGACUCACACCGUGACUCACACCGAGAUCCACAUCGAGAUCCACAUCGAGAUCCACAUCGAGAUCCACAUCGUGAACCACAUCGUGACCGUGAAUCCUCAGUCAAAAAAGUACAUUCAUACACAAGGGAUUAG